GCUGCCGUACGCAAUUUGCGUUAGAGAAACUUCACUCUUCCACUUCAGCAUCCCUGCAACUUCAGCCAUGAGUGUGCUUCACUUCUCAAGCCUUCUGGCAGUCGCACUUCUAGCGCGGGCUCAGACGCAGCUUUUGCGGGGCUCUUGCAGUUUUGAGACAGACAGCUGCGGAUACACGUCUGAUCCCACUUUUGCUGCCUGGACCAUCAACGCGGAAGGCCGCUUCAUUACAGCAGAUUCCUCAUAUUUUGGUGAGAACAAAAAGUAUGUCCUGGUCAGCCCGGAGCUGGAGCUCAGAGACUGGAGCUGUGUGCGGUUGGUCUAUCAGAUCUCAGGCUCAGGCUCUCUUCAACUGCACUUACGACCCGAGGGUGAGAACUUUGACUACACGUUAUGGACUGCGGAGAAACCCUCAGACAGUUGGCUCAUUGCCAGCGUGGACCUCCGUAAUAUGACCGGGGCUUACCAGCUAUUAUUUGAGGCUAAACCCAGCAGAGCAAUGGGAAAUAGCGUUGCACUUUUUGAAAUACACAUCAUCCCUGGAUACUGUCUAGGUAAGUCCUCUCUUUUAUACUUGGGGUACAAUGUGGUGUUUGAGGUGGCGUUCAACAGUCCUCGUGGUGGCUAUGUUGCUCUGGAUGACAUUUCUUUCUCCCCAGAGUUUUGCCACACAGAGACAGAGCCAGCGUUUGAUCCCUCUGUGGCAAACUGUGACUUUGAGGAGGGCCUGUGUCAGUAUUAUCAGGAACAGACCGGAGGUUCAGUGUGGAACAGGGUCUCUGUGAAACCAAAUGUUUACCGCAUCAGUGAUCACACUACAGGCACUGGGUCUUUUCUCCUGGCCAACACUCGUUAUACCUCUCGUCCAGGGUAUGUGGGUCGUCUUUUUGGACCGUCCCUACCAGGGAACCAUAAAUACUGCCUCAGGUUCUACUAUGCCCUGCAUGGCUUCAUGAAAAUAGAUAAUGCUCUGGCUCUCUAUGUCUAUGAUGAAAAAAACAUAGCUCAGGAGAAAAUUUGGACUGUGUCUGAGAGGUCUAAAGAUGUUUGGACAGAGGUGGAAGUCACUUACCUAAAGCCCAUGCCUACUAAGGUAUCAUUUGUCAGCAUCUGCAGAAACUUCUGGGACUGUGGGCUUGUGUCUCUCGAUGACAUCUCAGUGACCCUUGGAGACUGUCGGGUUACUACAGGACCUUUGAAUCCACCUCCUGGACAUUGUAGCUUUGAAACUGGGGACUGCGGCUAUACCCAGAAAAAGAAAGCUAAGAAAGGACAUUGGUUACGGAUCAGGGGACAGACCCCCACAUCUUACACAGGACCCAAGGGGGACCACACCUUAGGGGUAGGCUACUACAUGUACAUUGAGGCGUCUCACAUGUUACCCAAGCAGUCGACCGGGCUCAUGUCCACUGAGCUGAGGGGUUCAACCGGACCUCAUUGUCUGAUCUUCUUCUACCACAUGUAUGGCUCAGGCACAGGAACUCUGAACGUCCUGCUGCAUAAGGUGGACAGGGAGAGAUUGCUUUGGACAAGACAAGGUGAACAAAGUGUGUCCUGGAUGAAGGCCACAGUGGAUUAUGAGUGUUACACAAGGCACUGGAUUAUAUUUGAAGCUGUCAGAGGAUCCUCAAUAAGGAGUGACAUUGCAAUUGAUGAUGUUGUGUUUAAAAAGGGACCGUGCAAAGAUCCUGGAGACAGCAUCCCAUACUCAGGAUUUUCUGAAAAUGUUAAUGAAAUUGAGUACUGAGUGAGGCCCAGGAAUGCUGAUAUGUGUUUGUUUUUAUUUGUGUGUCACUGGGGAAGGGGAGACUGCGAGAAAGAAAAGAACAUUUGAUACCUAGACUCAACAGUGUUCUGCAGAUUCUGGUCAUGCAUGACUACAUGGAAAGGCACACGCUUCGUUGUUCUUUCUUAUAAGGUGGUAUGCUGUGUCUAGAUCUCGAUAUAGCCUGAUAUUUUUGGAUCAUUGGGACAGCGACUGUCUUAUUUUUGUGUAUUUUGUUUAGAGAAUAUCAGAAAAUACUUUUAAUUUUUGUAAUGUGUUGACAUUGCUCAGCAGCAUGCUGCUAGGUAGCAACAAUUUUCAAUUUCUAUUUGCAGAGGUGAACGUUUCCUUGUUUGUUUUUACACUGAUCAGUGUCCAGGGUAAAAACAGGUUUGGACUAAUGCCAGAGUUCAG